AUGCAGGCCCUUUUGCAGCGAGUGACGCGCUCGAUGCCGUGGUUCGUGCAGGACCUGGCAUCGUACCUGCUGGGUGAGCGCUGCUAUAAACUUCUUGUGUGGAAUGUGGACUGGAGUGAUGUGGCGUGCCUGCGCCUUGGCCUAUCCAAAGGACUUGGGCUCGGGAUUGUUGUUUUCGGCAGCAUCAUCAAGUUUCCGCAAAUCUACAAAAUUGUGCGUGCACGCAGUGCGACAGGGAUCAGCUUGGCCAUGUAUAUUCUGGAGGUCGUCGCCUAUACCAUUAGUCUUGCGUACGCUAUCCGCCUGCGCAUUCCUCUCAGCACAUACGGUGAGAAUGCGAGUUUGACGGUGCAAAACAUGGUCAUUACGCUGCUGAUUAUUGCGUACUCGCCCAUGGACUCGUACGUGCGCAGAAUCACAAUACUUUGCCAUUCAUAUGGGAUAUCGACAAAUGCGUUCUACGUCGCAGUCGGUGCUUUUCUCAUGGUGGUAUGCUCGCUGGCGCUGGCGUCCGAGCAUGCCGUGCCGCCGCCACUGCUCAAGACAUUGCAAGCAUUCACGAUUCCCGUGUCGCUCGCGUCAAAAGUUCCCCAGAUGCUGGAACUGCACCGCGACAAAGCGACGGGGCAGUUAAGCGUGCUGGUCGUAUUUGCGCAGCUGCUCGGGACACUGGCACGCGUGUUUACCACCCUGACCGAAACCAAUGACCGCCUGCUCUUUUGGGGAUUCGCGCUUGCAACCGUGUUUAAUGCAGUGAUUGCCGUGCAAGUCGCCCUGUACUGGAACGGCAACGAAAAAUACAUGGAGAUCAGAGACACAAGUACUGAUCUUCCGUACGCAAACACACAAGGGUAUCCGAAGCGCGACUAG